AUGCGUGGCAUCUUCUUCACCGUCUUCACCCUCGUGGCCGCCGUCGCCGCGCAGGCACCGUACACCGGACCUUGCUCUGAUACCGCCUGUGGCGUGGAGAGCGAGAACUGCGAUGUCCAAGGCCGCCAGUGCUUCCCAUUUCCCAACAUUGCUCCAGCGCUCCAACACGGCAUAGGAACAUGGCACAUAAGCGACUACUUUGGCGCCAAGGACAUCGAGGACACCAGCAUUGACUUGCUCAGAUGGUGGACUACUGCGAACAGCGUCGACAGACAAGAUUUGCGCGAUUCGUUCGUGGACUGA